GAAGAAGAAGAAGAAGGGAGGAAAUGAAAAAGAAAAGAAAAGAAAAAAGACAGAAGAUCAUUUUUGCUGCUGGUGCGUGGAAGAAGGUUCACUUUCACGUGGAGUUAAACACUCACAACACGUUGAUACUCAUUUUACUAAACACACGGACAAUGUCUCGAUUGAAAAGAGCCGGUCAGGGGGAUUCUCUGGCGGGCUUCAGGACGGAGAAGACGGAGCCAACAAUCCCUUCCGGUCUGCUGAAGGCAGCCAGGAAGAGCGGCCAGCUCGACCUGUCCGGCCGAGGGCUAACAGAAGUCCCUCAGGAUGUGUAUCAUCUGAACAUUGACACACCAGAGGAGGCCCACCAGAAUGUUUCCUUCGGAGUGUCAGAUCGCUGGUGGGAACAGACUGACCUCACCAAACUACUCCUCUCAUCCAAUCGUCUCACACAACUGUCUGAUGACAUCAGACUACUUCCAGCACUCACUACUCUGGAUCUCCAUGACAACCAGCUGAGCACUUUACCCAGUGCUUUGGGAGAACUGCAGGAGCUUCAGCAACUGCGACUCAGUCAUAACCAGCUGACUUCACUGCCAGUUGAAGUGUGUACUCUGAAGAACCUCUGUAGCAUCACCCUCCAGCAGAACCAGCUGGAGAGCCUGCCAGACGAACUGGGACACCUGGAGAGCCUGACACAGCUGGACCUGUCUCACAACCAUCUGAAGGGCCUGCCCUCCAGCCUGGGCUGUCUCAUCCGGCUGCAGAAACUGAACCUGUGUCACAACAACCUCAGCUGUCUGCCUGCCACCCUGGCCCAGCUCACAAAUGUUAAGCUGUUGGACUGCAGCAAUAACCAGCUGACUGACAUUCCUGCCAGAUUAUCAGAUAUGCUUGCUCUGGAGCAGUUCUACCUCAGACACAACAAGCUCUGCCUCCUCCCAAAGGUUCUUGCACCAGCACUCAAGGAGUUGUAUGUGGGGAACAACCACAUUGAGCAGUUGGAGACGGAGCAGCUGGCCUGCCUGACAUCCAUCUCUCUUCUAGAACUCCGAGACAACAAGAUCAAAAUCCUCCCUGAACAGAUCACUUCACUGAACACGCUCACACGCCUCGACCUCACCAACAAUGACAUCACCACUCUUCCAGCAUCUCUCAGCCUGCUGCCCAAUCUGAAGGUGUUACUGUUGGAGGGAAACCCUCUGAGAGGAAUCAGGAGAGACCUGCUCACUAAAGGGACCAAUGAGCUUCUGAAAUAUUUAAGAGGAAGAAUUAAAGAGGAUCCUGAGAGAGCAGAUGAAGGACAGACAGCUAUGACCUUACCCAGCCAGGCCAGGGUCAAUGUACACAACAUUAACACUCUCAAGUCAUUGGUGUACAGUGAGAAGCAGGCAGCUGAUAUUCCAGAUGAGCUGUUUGAUGCUGCAGCAGAUCAAAGUAUUACCACUGUUAACUUCAGCAAGAACCAGCUGACCUCCAUACCUCCCAGACUGGUGGAUCUCUUGCCCUCACUGUCAGAUAUCAAUCUGGGUUUCAACAGACUGACCUGUUGUUCUCCUGACAUCUCCAAGUUCCUGCAGCUGAUGCACAUCGACCUCAGGAAUAACCAGCUGAGGGAUUUACCAUCUGAAAUGAAGAACUUAACUAAACUAUGCUCCAUUAUCCUCAAUUACAACAGGUUCAAGUCCUUCCCUGAAGUCCUUUAUCAGAUAGUUUCCUUGGAGACGGUGUUGCUUGGUAACAACCAAGUGGACGAGGUGGACCCUCAUCGUCUGAUGAAGUUGGUUCAUCUGUCGACACUGGAUUUGUCAAACAAUGACCUGCUGAACAUCCCCCCUGAAAUGGGCCUGUGUGCCAGCCUCAGGUGUCUCAGUCUGGAGGGGAAUCCUUUCCGCACACCCAGAGCAGCCAUCGUGGCCAAAGGAACAGAUGCAGUGUUGGAGUACCUCCGCAGCCGCAUACCUACAUUACCUCAGCCCAAAUAGCUCCACCACCAUGCUCACAGAUCUGUUUUCAUCAAUGUUGACAUUUAAAUGCAUUAAAACAAACCGCCUAAUUGUGCUUUAUCUUGAUGUUACACAAGUUUGCAAUUCAAAAUCCACAGCAUCACAGUCAGCUUUGAGAAGCGAAUCAGUUGCCAAAGUUUCCCUCUGAAGUUGAUCUGGUUUGUAUUAGAUGGAUGUGUUGAAUGUCAUGAAUAUUUCUGGACAAUCUGAUUCAAACUGAUGCCUACAUGUUUGACUGAAAAAAACACUUCUCUUAAUAAAGUUAACUAUUAGAUGGA